GGCUUCCUUUGUUCUGGUACUCGCUUGAGAGUCCUCUGUGUAUAAAGAUUCAGUAAGCGUUCCUAUGCUGGUCUGUUGGGACACACGCUGGAACUCCGAAUAUUUCAAGGAGCCGGCUGUAUAACUUAAUAUGGGUUUAGACAUGCUUAACCUCGAACAUGAGUACUCCUUCACGUUCGCAUACUCCGGAUGCCGCAGUAAAUUCAUCGGAAUGCCCUACGACAGGGAGUUCGAGACAAUGUGGCAGCAGAUCGGCGAAGAACUCCGCUCGAGACAUAAUCGAUUCGUGGGCAUGCCCUUCGACAGCGGAUUUGAACGGAUGUGGCGCCAAAUCAGAGAAGACUUAAAGCGGGACCAGGAGAUACUCGGCUUGGGGCUCGGCUUCCAGCGGAACUUAACCCUCUACGAAAAGGAGUAAGCGGAUGUCGGCCCUCAUGAGUCUUUUAUUGAACGCAGAUAAAAUAUAUUCAAUUUUAUUGAAA